GGGUAUCCGGCCCGCUGUGCCAGGAGGGCAUCAGGCUCCCCACCGGAGCCAUGGUGGGGCUUUUGGGGCUGCUCUCCAGUACGGUGCCAGCUCCCCCAGCAAGGCCGGCCUUCAGGACGUGCGUCUUCUACGAAGCCCCCGGGGUGCGGGGCAGCACGCGCACUCUCGGGGUGUUGCUGGGACCCCCGAGACCCCCGGGACCCCCAGGACCACCAGGCCGCAUCCGCUGCCUCUUCAGCGCCUGCUGUUUCGGGAUCUGGAACCAGACCCGGGCCGGGGUCCGCCUGAAGAUGCAGGGAUGCCGGGACAGCGACGAGCCGGGGUGCGAAGCCCCCCGCUGCGAGCCGGCCCCCCGACACCCCGACGCCUCCACCCUCUUCACCUGCUCCUGCGGCUCCGACCUCUGCAACCGCAACUAUAGCCGCCUGCCCCCGCCGGGACCCCCCGCGCCCCGGCCCGGCCCCCGGCCCGGCCCCGGGCCCACCGUGCGGGCCCCGCUGACCACGCUGGGCCUGAGUGCCGGACUCCUCUUUCUCGUCCUGCUGAGCGGCCUCGUCCUGGCCCUGCGCCGUUGGAAAGCGGGCCGGCCCCCAGGAAGCCGGGGGGCGAAGGGUCGGGCGCCAGAGCCGGAGCCAGAUCCCGGCGGGGGCUCCGGCCUGGUCCCCCCGGAACUCCCGGAGCUGAGCUUCUCCCAGGUGCUGCAGGAGGGGACCCAGGUGUCCGUGUGGGCGGCCACGCUACACGGGGAGCCCGUGGCCGUCAAGGCCUUCUCGCCGGGGGCAGAGGCCCAGUUCCGCGCGGAGCUGGGCAUGUACGCGCUGCCCGGCCUACGCCACGACAACUUGGCCCGCUUCCUGGCUGCCGGCUGGGGAGGACCCGAACCCAGGACCCCCGGGCCCCUGCUGAUCCUGCAGCUCUACAACCAGGGCUCCCUCCGACAACACCUGAGCGAGCACUGCCCGGCCUGGGCGGGCGCCAUGCGGCUGGCGCUGUCUCUGACCCGAGGCCUGGCCUUCCUGCACGAGGAACGCUGGCAGGACGUGGGCCCUGUCACCCCCAUGCCCGCUCCAGGCCAGUUGAAGCCGGGCAUCGCCCACCGGGACCUGAGUAGCCACAACGUGUUGGUGCGGGAUGACGGCUCCUGUGCCAUCGGGGACCUGGGACUUGCGUUGGCGCUGCCCGGGGCCUCCCGGCCCCAGGCCCGGGCCCGCGGCCCCGCCGUCCUCAUGGAGGCGGGCAGACAACGGUACACGGCCCCCGAAAUUCUGGACAAGACGCUGGACCUUCAGGAUUGGGGCCUGGCCCUCCGCAGAGCCGACGUCUACUCCUUGGCCCUGCUGCUCUGGGAGACCCUCAGCCGCUGCCCCGACUUGAGGCCUGGUGGGAUGACCCCUCCAUUCCAGCUGGCAUUCGAAGCGGAACUGGGCAGGAGCCCCUCGGCCUGCGAACUCUGGACCCUGGCCGUGGCUCAGCGCAGGAGGCCGCACGUCCCCCCGGCCUGGCACAGUGCCACCGUUGAGCCGGGCGGACUGUCGGAAGUCCUGGAGGACAGCUGGGACCCCGACCCCGAAGCCAGGCUGACCGCAGGCUGUGUCCAGCAGCGUCUGGAGGCCCUGAACCUGUGUCCCAAUCCCUCUGACGGCCCCCUCCCGCCAUGAACCCCUCACCCCUUUUGCCCCUCACCCUGGCACUCUCCCUCUCCCGUCCCCUCCUGCCUCAUCCCGUCCUUUAGGCCUCAGCUGAAACCCUACCUCCUCCGGGAAGCCUUCCUCGGCCUCCGUUCCGGGUCUAUACGAGGCAUCUUUGUUCUGUUCCCCGUCUCCCCCUUCUAGACUGUGAGCCCACUGUUGGGUAGGGACCGACUCUAUGUGUUGCCAACUUGGA